GGGAACAGGAACGGGAGAGGAUCGUGCCGCCGACCCGGAGCGAGUGCAUCCGUUGCGGUGCCCAUCGACGAGCACCCCUCGGUGUGGCUGCGGUGCCUCCUGAUGCGCCCUGUUUAUCUGGUGGGCACUGGGCGGUGUGCGACAUCGGCACCUGCCGCGGGCACAUGGCAGCGGGUGCCUGUCGGUGUUUGUGUGCCCAUUGCCGGAGCCCACCGACCCCCUGUGUGCCCAUUGCCGGAGCCCACCGACCCCGUGUGUGCCCAUUGCCGGAGCCCACCGACCCCGUGUGUGCCCACUGCGGGCUCCCCGUGUCGCCCCGGCGGCUGCCCCGGAGCGGGCACUGUGUCUCGGCCGCGUUGCCGUCGGCACGGCCAGGGCGACCUUCAGUCACCUCCCGGAGCGCUUCAGUCCCGGCGCGGGUGAGGGCUCCCCGUCGGGACCGGCCCGCAGCUGGAAGGCGUCAAUGUGUAACGGGGACUGUGGGCUGGCCCCGAGGGCGUGGGGAGAGGCGAGGCGAGCAGCGGGCUAUAAGAGGCCGUGCAUCCCCACGGAGACCGUGCCAAGGGUGCGCACCGACCGGGGAGCGGAUGCUGAAGGGAAGCCUCGCAGGUUGGGAUGCGUGAGGCGUCGCGCAUCGUGCUCUCGGUUUGCGGAGCAGAUCUCUGGUAAAUCAUGUUGGCUCGUGGUUUCUAGCAGCGCUGGCUCCUAUCUGCCCGCAUGGAUGCGUGCUAGUGACCGACAGGCACUAAAGUUGUGCUUUCGGGGGGUUUCCAUCCGCUCUGGAGCAGUGAGGCUCUGGGAACAGGUGGUUGUCACAUGAAGGUACAUUUAUAGGAAGCUGACAGAUUUUUGCCAUCAUCUGUGCUGCCAGGAUGGCGUUUCGGAAGCCGCCGGACGGAGGCUGGGGCUGGGUGAUCGUGGUGGUUUCCUUCUUCACCCAGUUCCUGUGCUACGGGUCACCGCUGGCGGUGGGAGUCCUGUACCUGGAGUGGCUGGAUGCCUUUGGAGAGGGGAAAGGCAAGACUGCUUGGGUUGGAUCGCUGGCCAAUGGAAUUGGAUUGCUUGCCAGUCCUGUCUGCAGUAUAUGUGUAUCAUCUUUUGGAGCAAGACCUGUAGCUAUCUUCAGUGGCUUUAUGGUGGCUGGGGGCCUCAUGAUGAGCAGUUUUGCACCUAACAUAUACUUCCUAUAUGUUUCAUAUGGGAUAGUUGUUGGUCUUGGAUGUGGCCUUUUGUACACUGCAACAGUCACCAUCACGUGCCAGUAUUUUGACAAACGCAGAGGCCUCGCACUUGGGCUGAUUUCAACAGGGUCAAGUGUUGGACUCUUCAUAUAUGCAGCACUGCAAAGAGAGCUUAUUGAGCUGUAUGGACUGGAUGGGUGUCUGCUAAUAGUUGGUGCCCUGUCUCUAAAUAUAUUAGCAUGUGGCAGCCUAAUGAGACCUUUGGAAUCAUCCAGUUCUCCUCCACCAGAGAAAAUGUUUGUAGACAAAGUCCCAGAUCAAUAUUUUGUUUACCAUGAAAAGGAAAAGACUGUAGAAGAAAACAUUAGCAUCCUUGAAAAGGGCUAUAUUGAUGAAAAAUCUGUGAACAAUGUGCCUGAUUGCAAACAGGAUAUCAUUUUGAAUAAGAACACAUUGAGCUCAAUAAACGUAAAUGAGAAAGACACUUACAAGAAGAAAGUUGUAGAACAGACAAACUUCUGCAAGCAACUCGCCAAGAGGAAGUGGCAGCUCUAUUUGACCUACUGGAAGGAGACCGUGGUUCUUUUCAGGAACAAAGUAUUUUCAGCUCUCUUUGUCGCCAUCUUGCUCUUUGAUAUUGGUGGAUUUCCUCCUUCUCUGCUCAUGGAAGAUGUAGCAAGAAGUGCAAACAUUAGUGAAGAUGACUAUUAUAUGCCCCUUAUUUCCAUUAUUGGCAUUAUGACGACUGUUGGCAAACUUGUUUUAGGAAUACUGGCAGAUUUUAAGUGGGUUAACACUUUAUAUCUCUAUGUAACUACCUUAAUAAUGACAGGAGUGGCCUUGUUUGCAAUUCCAUUCGCCAAAAGUUACCUUACAUUAGCGAUGCUUUCUGGGAUUUUGGGUUUUCUGACUGGGAACUGGUCAAUUUUUCCAUAUGUAACAACAAAGACUGUGGGGAUUGAGAAACUGACUCAUGCCUAUGGGAUAUUGAUGUUCUUUGCUGGACUUGGGAACAGCCUCGGACCACCAAUUGUAGGCUGGUUUUACGACUGGACGCAGGAGUACAACACUGCUUUCUACUUCAGUGGCUUUUGUGUCCUGCUGGGGGGAUUUCUCCUGCUCUUGGCAGCACUGCCCUGCUGGAAUGCCUGCACCAAUCAGAGCUCCAAGCUGCCUCCAAAUACUUACUCCUACAAAGUUGCAUCUAACGCUUAGGUGACAACUGGAAAACACUUUGCGCCUUUUUAUAUUAUAUAGCAAAGUAUUUUAGUAAUUUUCCACUUAUUUAUGAAGCCCACAAAUCCUCUUUCCACUAGAAAAAUUCCAUUGUUGCUUGUUGUUCAGUUUCUUUUUCUUCUUCUAUUUCUUUUUUUUUAAUGUUAUUUUUAAAAACAGUCUUAUUUUGUGUACUAUGCACCGUUGUUUUCAGCCUUUGUCUACUGUAAUUUCCUUUCACCCUGUAAAGGGGGUGUUCUGCUGUAUUAUCAGCUGUACUUUUUUUAAGGGGGGUUGGUAUGGAGGGGUGAACACUUUGAAGCAAAAAUGAAGACCUGUUCUUUAUAAGAGAAGGCUGUCGUUUCUGCCUCCUUCCAUAGGUCUCCAAGUUGCACAAUUAGGCUUUACAAAACAAGAAUUUGCCUUAUUAAAAUGUAAUACUGUGGCAAGGUGCUUUUAACUUCAUGCUUAGAUUAACUUUUUUGUCUUUUUAAAGUUUCUCCAAUUUAUGAUUAAGUGCCAAUUGUGGGAGGGAGAAGAGGGGAAACAAUCAACCUUGUGUUGUAUAACUGAAGUGAACAUUAUGAUGAAAGUAAAGAUUCUUAUUACCACUGCGACUAAGAACCAUGUUUAUAAAUACUGCACAUUUUGUGAAGCCUGUUUAUAAAACUGUUGAACCAAAACCUUUUAAAACCAAGGAAUAAAUGUGAUUGUUGAAACAGUGAAAGGAAAUGCUGACUUGGUUAUGCAAGUUUAUAAUCUUUUUAUCAGGGUUGGGGAGACGCUCACUGAAGCCCACAGGGUGAGUGUUUCUAAGCAAGGCACCCAAAUUUUGGUGGUUCUGGGGCCCUCUAUUGUUACGCAAUCACAGUUCAGAGGAUUGAAGCUGCUGCAGAAAGGGCUUGUAGGGCUGUUAACAAGGCAGACCUGAUUAAAAAGGGGAAAUUGUGACUGCAAUGUCGUCUCAGCUGUCCUUUUUUUGGAACGGAUAUAGCAAGGAGAAAAGGCAGUACCAGAGAGCAAGAGAAAGCAUGGGGGAGGGCUAGCAGAAGAGGUUCAGGGAAAGAGUUGCAACACUUGAGCACCAAAGGAGUCAGUGAGAGAGAGCCCUUGGAACCUCCUGUCUCUGUAGCUGCAGGCCAGCCCUGCGCGCGGCUGGGUUUGGCUGGCGUGGCUGGGGAACGCCGUGUGAUGAUGAAGCCUUUCCUGAGCCAGGCAGGAGCUCCAGCACAGGCAGGGUGACUCUGCUCCCUCUGCCCUGCCCCGUGUGCCCUGUGCAGUGGCUUUUGCUCUCAGAGCUGCUCUCGUGCCAAGGCUGUGUCUGCACAGCAGUGACAAAUCUCCCCAC